AUGGCAGCGGCCUCACCAACACCACUUCCGAUGGCGUCGCACGGCUAUGGCAGACCUGCCAGACAGCCCUCUACCCGCCACGUCCGCCGCGACUCCCCGCUAUCCGUCCUCGGCCAGAGUCACGGCUUCUCUUCCAAUGCGCCCAUGAUGCAGCGCAUCGACAUUGGCGACUCUUCCGACGACGAAAUGCCCCAGCCCAUGAAGCUGUCUGCGUACACCGAAGGCCUUCUCGCGGCGAACAAGCUGCACUCUCCGGAAAGAAUCCAGCGGCAGCCCAAGCUACGCAUAUCCAGAAAUACAUCAUCGCAGUCCAACACACCCAAACCCGACGUCACCCCUGCGGCGCCGUCGAUACGGGUAAAAAGAGUGCCUCUCCGUGGGGCACCUGUGCGCUUUCGUCGCACACCGGACUCACAGCAGGAUCAACCUUCGAGCCAGGAGCAGGAGUAUAUAUACGGCGCGGUCUCAAAGCCAGCCUCCGCGUCGCGAGAUCAAGAGAAUAUGUACGGCUCAGUCAUGAAGCCCGCGAUAGCACCACGCGAUCAAGAGAACAUCUACGGAACUGUGUCGAAGCCCCCGCCCACGUCCCGCGACCAUCACGACCUGUCCGGUUCCACCAUGAAGCCUGCGCCGGAGUCGAUCAUCCAUCCAGACCCGGCAUCCCUCAUGAAAGCCGAGCUGCCCGUGCGACCCUCCCUCCAUCGCUCCGAGAAACCGAUACCCCUCGCGCCCAUCAGCGCAAACACCCCCCGCCGCCCCGCUCCCCCGCCACCCCCGAAGAUGAGCGUGCUCUCAACAGCCACGACAGCAGCAGGCGCGUCAACAACGAAGAAGAGAGCAGGCCGAGGUCGCGUCAGGGUCAACGGCAUCGAGUACAGCCAGAUGGGCAAGAUCGGCAAGGGCGGAAGUUCAGACGUCUACCGGGUGAUGGCUGAGAGCGGGAAGAUGUUUGCGCUGAAAAGAGUUGCGCUCGAAGACGCAGACGAGGCGGCUGUGCGGGGCUACAAGGGGGAGAUUGAGCUGCUGCGGAAGCUGGAGAACGUGGAGAGGGUGGUGCGGCUGUUUGAUUAUGAGGUCAAUGAGGAGAAGCAGGUGCUCUAUGUGCUAAUGGACAUGGGUGAAUCCGACCUCGCAAAAAUCCUCAAGUCCAAACUCGACCCCGACAUCAGCGCCGAGCCCCCCCGCCUCGACCUCCCCUUCACGCGCUACUACUGGAAAGAGAUGCUCGAAUGCGUCUCCGCCGUGCACAGCCACGACAUCGUGCACUCGGACCUGAAACCCGCAAACUUUCUGCUCGUCUCCGGCCGCCUGCAGCUCAUCGACUUUGGCAUCGCCAACGCCAUCGACGUCGAGAAUACGGUGAACGUGCACAGGGAUUCCCAUGUCGGCACGCCGAACUACAUGUCCCCGGAGAGCUUGUCGGACACGAAUGCGGCGGCGAGAGCGGAGGGAGGGGGUGCCGGUCUAGGCAAGAUGAUGAAGCUGGGCAAGAAAAGCGAUGUUUGGAGCCUGGGAUGUAUUCUGUAUCAGAUGGUGUACGGGCGUCCGCCGUUUGCGCACAUUGCCAAUCAGCUUACCCGAGUCAUGGCGAUUGUCAACCCGGCUGUCUCCAUCGAGUUCCCCACCCACGGCGUGGGCGGGGUGAGGGUGCCGCCGGAACUGCUCUUCACGCUCAGGGGCUGUCUGCAGCGCGAUCCCACCAAAAGACCGAGCGUGGAGGAUCUGCUAGCCGAGAGGAACGGCUGGUUGUACCCGGAGUGCGAUCUCAGGAUCAGCCAGCCGAUCCUAGAGAACGUGAUUAACAGGGUCGUGGAGCGGUUCAGGGAUGAGCAGAGGAAGCCGCCGAGUGACGAUGAGAUCAAGUCGUAUGCGAGCAGCUUUUACGUCAAGAUCAGGGAGAUGAUCGAAGAUGGGAGGGCGUGA